AUGCAAUAAGUUUAGAUCCACAAUUAAGAUGAUGAUCCAACUUAACGCAAAUUGGAAAAGAAAUAAGGGUUUAUCUCUAAAUUAAAGAAGAUGCUUCUUGAUUAAAAGUUCAAGGAUAUCAUAUACGUUCUAGAAUCCAAUGAUGGAUUCAUAAUCCUGAAUCUCCAAAAAUUUAUUGAUCACGCAUUACCAGAAUAUUGUAAACAUAUUAACUACCAGAGUUUUAGAAGGUUAUGA